GCAAUGCGGUAAAACACUUUCAGUCGACAGUCAACAGUGUCCGAGUGCGGAGUGAGAAAGUCAAUAAUGUCGUCCCGAAAGAUCUCCACUCAGAGCCGAAAGGUGUGCCAAAAUGGAGGCAAGUACUUUAAGCAGUUCUGUGAUUCCACUUCUCUACACGGGUUAAAAUACAUCACAGAAGAAAAAAGCCAUUGGUUGAAAAGAGUUAUGUGGACUUUGGUGUUCCUGGCUGGAAUUUUCUUCUCUGGCUAUUAUUGCUGGCAAAUGUGGAAGAAAUGGGAAGAUUCCCCCGUUCUCAUGUCGCUUGAUUCUAACCGUUAUCCUCUAAAAAAUAUUCCCUUCCCAGCGGUAACCAUAUGCAACGUCAAUAAGGUCUCCAAGACAAAGUUACUUCGAGUCAUGGAAGACCCAAGAUACAAGAACAUCACUUACGAUAAAAUGCAGCAAACCUUGAGGUACAUGACGAAGCUCGACAGGGCGAUUAAAAACGAAAAGGAAUUGGAAAAUUUAAGCGAAUUUUAUCGGACGCAAAACAUUUCAUCUACGGAUUUGUUCGACGUUCUCAAAAAAUCGGCGCCAUCCUGUCGAGACAUGGUCAUGGACUGUAUCUGGCUCGGUAUUCCGGCGCCGUGUUUCGAGUACUUUUCUUUUCUUCCUACGGACGAUGGCAUUUGUUGCACUUUCAACGGAGCAAAAUACAACGAUCCAGAGUUAGAAAUCGAAUCAACCGAUCACGAACCUCUUCGGGUGAGCGGGAAUGGAUACCGAAUGGGACUCGCCCUGGUGAUCGAUGCUGACAUAGAAGAUUAUAGUGUGACCAACGGAAAAUUUGAUGGUUUUAAGGUACUGAUUCAUACGUCAGAGGAAUUUCCAGAUGUUGCUGAUCGUGGAUUCGUCCUUGGCCCUGGCACUGAAACAUUCGUCGGAGUCAAAGGAAUAACAACAUUCAACACGGAAGAAGUGGCAAAAGAUGUAACGCCAGCACGACGCCAAUGUCAAGUGGAGGGCGAACAAAAGUUAAAAUAUUUCCCACGUUACAGUCGAUCAGCUUGUACUAUCGAGUGUGCCACACGACUUAUGCAAGAGCGAUGUAAAUGCAGACCUUACUUUUUCAAAGCCGACAUCGGAACGAAGCUGUGCAACUUGGAUUCCUACUCUUGCAUCUCUGAUGUUUACGAAGACGUAAGGCAAAACGAGGAUAAGAUUUGCCACUGUCUUCCUCCUUGCACAGAUGUGUGGUACGACCCAGAAAUUUCGUAUUCGUCUUUUCCCGGAAGGGGAUUCAAUUUAACACGCACCUUUAAACGUCUAGUGGCUGGACGAAAUCUCAGUUCUAAUGCAGACAGCAACGAAUAUUUCAAAUCAAAUGUCGCAGUACUUCACGUCUACUACAAAGAUAAGACUGGCGUACGAUACAAAACUGACAUUCGUUUUGGCGUUGAAGAUUUUAUUUCUGCCACCGGUGGACUUUUGGGACUAGGUUUAGGCCUCAGCUUCAUCAGUGUUUUUGAGCUACUUUAUUUCCUCUGCCUGCGCUGGUUUUUCCCCAAGAUAAAAUCAAAAUCCCGAAGCAGAGACGAAUCGCUAGAUUGCAACACUCUCCCACCUGCCAACAAAUGGGCUUCAACAACAACAGUCGGGACAAACAUUUCAAUCUCAUAACUGAAAAACUUGCCAUCAUAAAAAUAACAAACAAGCAUUCCUAGAACUAAUCGCCUUCUAUUGUUCUUUCGCAUACAGUCCUUUACAUGCCUACUCUCAUGAUUGGAAUGGGCUGCGGUUUAAUACAAGCUAUUUUGAAACCAA